AUGUCACCCUUCAAGCAAAUCCUACGCAUCAUUCUGGUCAUACACGGUUUCCUCAACAUCGCGCAAGGCUUCUAUGUCGUCUUCUCCCCGCGAGCGUGGGCUAAGCAGGCGGGUCCAGCCUUCGUAGGCUCCAGUGAGCAGGCUUUACAGAGCAUCGGUCUAGGCUCGAUCGGCGUAGGCGCUUACGGCGCACUUGGGGCGUACUCAAACGAUCGUCACUUCUACGCUCUGACAGCAUUGAUGCGAUAUACAUUUGCAGCCACCGUCUUGACGCAAUGGGACCGGGACCAGAAUGGCGUUGCGAUCUACGAGAUUCUAGUAGCUGGUACCGCGAUGCUUGCGUCUGUGCUGAACUAA